ACUUGCAGCCCAACUAUCUCUAUUCUUUUCUUAGAGACGCACGACGAACCGCGAUAAUGGAUUCUUUAACGAGUAGUCCGAGUUCCAACAAACGUCAUCAUCCCUACAGUCGAAGAUUGGGACUACAGGCAACGCCCGUAUUGGCAUUGACUACUUCCAACAUUGUUCAAAAUAAUAACAACAAGCCCAUUGAUGAAUCCAAAGCUGUAAUCGAUGAGGGAAAGAAGCUUUUGGUUGGCAGUGUCAAACAAGUGGCACAUUGGUGCCGAUUGUUAUCAUUUUUGGAACAGACCAAAAUUAUUUACCAAGUAUUCGUUUUAGGAAUUAUGGAUUCUGUGAUAACUGGCAGUAAUAGAUGCGAAAAAAUCUUUUGUUUACGCAGUGAACAUAAAAAAUCUGGAAUAGUAUGUGUAUUUUAUGAAAUAGACAGAAAAAUGCCUAAUAUAUCUAAGGGAACAUUAGUUUUAUGUACUGGUCACGUAAAAGGAAAAAAUAAAUUGCAAAUAUUCAGUAUUCGAGAAUUACAUGAAGACAAAAAUACAUUUGACAGAAUAUCUUUAGUUAGUCAUUGGACAAUUAAUGAUAUUUUAAUAUAUAAGGUGUAG